CAGCAGAUAUUGCUUCAACAAAACUCUUAGUAUACUGGUUCACGAAUAACACUGCGAGCAUCUCUCAUUAUGAGCGGCAACUACAACCCGGUAGACACAUAUAUAACACAGAGUGAAUUGAUCGGGUUAUGGAAGCCCCUCACUGUGCCGCCCUCUUAUUUCGAUGGCUGUGACAGGCAUCCGAUGAAUUGGAUCGCGCCGGAAAAAGAGGAAAGAAGGCUAUUUUGUUUUGGAUGUGAAGCAAUCAAGUUCGUGAAAGGGUUGGGCACAACGAUCUGGACUACAUCUGGAGAUGGAGAAAUGGUUCUUCCUCCGGGUGUUGAAGUUUGGAUACGCUACGGUAAAUCAAAGAUUAUAUGGUGACGGGUCAUGCAUGCAACAAUCUAGCUAUGUUGAAACCACCCAUGAAACUGACACGCAAACGUAUCAUGCUGUUGUGAGGGGGGCUCCGCGAUAUAUAAGCAGUAACACAAUCUGU